AUGGUGGGUCAGCAGCUGGACAAGGAGAAGAAAGAGGUUCUUGAGAAGAUCAGGCAGAAGAAGGAGGAAGAAGCCACAGCAAAGGCAGAGGGCAAGGAAGUCCCGGAGGCGGCGAAGAAGCAGAGAAGCGAAGCGAGCUCCAGCUCCAAGCCGGAGGAGCCGGAGGGCGACAGAUGGGCCACACCCAUUGGAGGUGGUGAGAUUGGCGAGUCGUCUGCAGCUGAGAAGAAGCCCGAGAAGGAGCCAGAGGGCGACGAGUUUGGCGAGACCCCGGAGCCUGGAGAGUGGGGUGACACCCCGAUGCCCACGGGCAAGAAGAAGCGCGCGCGAUGGGACUCCGCGCCGGAGAAGGAGAUGGACGUUGGGGCCACGCCCACUGCAGAUGUGACCCCGAGCGUGGAUGUCACGCCCAGCGUAGAUGUGACUCCCAGCAUGGAGCCAAUGAUCGGUGCCACGCCAUUCGCUGGCGGCAUUAACCUGGGGGACACACCGUUGGGCACGCCCGGCAUGGCGAACAUGAGCACGCCCGUGGGCCUCACGCCCAACUUCGCGUCCAUGACGCCGGAACAGAUUCAGGCGUACCGAUACGACGCGGAGGUUAACGAGCGAAAUGCUCCAAUGACGGAUGAGGAGCUGGACGCCAUCUUCCCACAGACCGGCUAUGAGAUUGUCAGGCCGCCUGCGAAUUACAACCCCAUCCGCAAGUCCGUCCUCUCAUCGGCGACUCCGACGCCCACGCCGGGUGGCACACCCUUCUUCUCCAUGCAGAGCCCGGACGCGCCAAAGCCGUAUCAGGUGCCGGACUCUCCAGCGGUGGGUGAGAUGCCCAUGAUCAAGCCGGAGGACUACUCCUACUUUGCCCCGUUGCUGGCCGGCGACAAUGAUGACAACUUGUCCCCAGAGGAGGCCAAGGAGCGGAAGAUCAUGCGGCUCCUGCUCAAGGUGAAGAACGGCACGCCGCCCAUGCGGAGGUCGGCGCUGCGGCAGCUGAGCGAUGGCGCGCGGGCCUUCGGGCCCGGGCCGCUGUUCAACCAGAUCCUGCCGCUCCUCAUGAGCAGCACCUUGGAAGACCAGGAGAGGCAUUUGCUGGUCAAGGCCAUCGAACUCGGGGCUGCCUGA